AUGCCUCACAAACACAAACGGAAGCGCGACGAGGACGACUCAAAUUUCGACCUUCCUCCCACAGCGCGAGCGCGAACCCUGGCGGUCCACCAGAAGCAGGAAUCCAUCUUCACGUCUGAUGCGGAGAAGAAGCGCAAGCGAGAGGCCAAGAAACAGCAGCAAAGGGAGAAGAAAAAGAAGGACAGCGGAGGCGACUUUGAGGAUGAUACGCCCAAGGCCUUCAGACGGCUAAUGUCGUUUCAGGCCGGUGGGAAGAGGAUUCCCUCAGGCCUGGAUGACGGGAAUGCGUCCAAGAGAAAGAAAAAGGAGGAGCGAGGGUUGAAAUCGACAUCGAAGUCGAGCUCAACGUCGAAACCUGAUGCGUCGGUGAACAAUGCCACGACCGCCGCCGCUUCGACAGAGCCCUCCGAUCCUCCCGCUGCCACGACGGCACAUACCAUGCCCAAGAUCCUCCCCGGCGAAUCCCUCGCCUCAUUCUCACAGCGCGUGAACCAAUCGCUGCCAUUGACCUCGCUCCCCAAACACCGAACGCGGCUCAGCGCAAUCCCAGGCCUGGAGAAGAUAGGAACCCCUCUCACCAAACACAACAAGCGACUGGCGCGGAUGCAGAAGGAGUGGCGCGCCACGGACCAGCGACUUCGGGAGAAGCGUGAGGAAGAGGACGAAGAGCUCGCGGAACGCAGGGAGGAGGACGAAAUCCUCUGGCUCGGCGCCGGGAUCGAUCCCAAACAGCCCUCCUCCUCGACGCUGAAGAAGUCAACAACGAAAAAGAAGAAACGGAAAGGCGGCGCUGCAAGGGAUGUAGAUGACGCCGCGGAUCCUUGGAAGAUACUGGAGAAGAAGCGCCGUGACCAAGGCCAGUUGGCCAGGCAGGCCAAUUUGCAGGACGUGGUGGCUGCGCCGCCUACGUUGAAGCCCGUGAAGAAUAUAUUCAAGGAUAAAACCGAGAGGAAGAACGGGAUGGUGUCGACAAUGUGA